AUGGGCAAAACCAAACGACAAACAACUUUUACUAGCUCAUCAAGAGGAUCUAAACCACAAAAUAAGCACGACAGACGCAAUAAACACUUGAAAAAAUCUAAUGUCGAGAAUGACGACGUGGAACAUUUUGAAGAAGCGGGUGCUUCAGCUGAGACUGAUAAAUUACCUUUCCCUCUGGCCAUGUGGGACUUAGAGCACUGUGAUCCUAAGAAGUGCACAGGCAGAAAACUUGCCCGCAUGGGUUUUGUCAAGACACUUCGACUAAAUCAGAGAUUCAAUGGCAUUAUACUUUCACCAGUUGGCACUAAGUGUGUUGCACCUGAAGACAGGGAUAUCAUUAAAGACUAUGGCAUGGCUGUAGUUGAUUGCAGCUGGGCCAAGCUUCAGGAGACCCCAUUUAGUAGAAUGAAAGGCAAUAACACCAGACUUCUUCCUUACCUUGUGGCGACCAAUCCAAUCAACUAUGGUCGCCCCUGUAAGCUGUCGUGUGUGGAGGCCUAUGCUGCAACUCUCUACAUCACAGGUUUUGACAAGCUGGCUGAAAAGCUCCUGGCCAAGUUCAAGUGGGGGCUGGCAUUUCCUUCUCUGAAUCAGGAGCUCCUUGAGAGCUAUGCAGCAUGCUCUACAAGUGCUGAAGUUGUGGCAGUGCAGGAGAAGGUUCUGGCCAAACAGUCUGAGGAUCAUGAUCAGAACAAAACAAAAGAUUGGAGCUUGAUGGAUCCUGAGUUUGAUGUUUGUAAUCCAAAUAGACCCAAUAGAGAGAUGCCACCAUUGUUUUCUAGCUCAGAUGAGGAUUCAGAUGAAGAUGGAGAAAUAGAUGAAUCAGAAGAUGAUCAGGAGAGUGAGUCUGAUGGUGCUGAGAGUGGGUCUGAUGAUGCUGAGAGUGGGUCUGAUAAAAGAGGCAAUAGAUUGAAUUAUAAUAAUCAGAACAAUGAUUCUCAAAAUUCAGAAACAGUUUCUCAUUGCUGUGAUAGUGAAGUUAAACAUUGUCCCUCUGGUCACAGCCAGGAAAAGGACAUCAGUCUCAAGGAUCCGCUGCCAGAUUCUUCUAAUGCUGAAUGUGACCAGGAAACAUCUAGUCUUGCACUGCAGACCAAAGAUAUGACUUUGUCACCUAGUGGUCUAAGAUGAGGCAUAACAUUUCCAAAAGAUGGAUGGAAUGUCUGGAUCAAUGUUUUGACUUUUGCAGUGCAAUGUCUUGAUCAUUUUAAAUGUUUAUUACUUGAUGUUAACUGGGUGAAUGAAAAGAACAGUUACUAAGUUGUUUUCUGUUGUUUUUGUUUUGUUUUAUUAAUAAAUGUCAGAAAACAAAAAUCUAUUCUUUAUUUAGAAAUAUUUUCAUGUGUAAAGCUCAUUGCAAAAUUUUUGUAAAAAAACAACAACAAUUCCCAUGACUAUCUCAGGAUAAGAGAUUAUGUUAAGCAUUUGGAACUUUUAAAAGUACUUUGCUUUGAUUAGUGUAAUUAAAGAAUUAGUAUUGAAAAUUGUACCAAUUGGUCACACUAUAAAAACUUGAUAUAACCAGUACAGUAGAUAAUGGACUUUUGUUCUAUAUAAAUAUUUUGCACAUGCAAACAAAAAAAAAAGCCAGCAUUAAAACUUAUGAAAGUCAAUUACAAAAAGUAGUUAAAAAGCCCAAAUCAUAAAAUUUAAAGGGAGUCUUAUACAAACAGGGUUAGUUUGUGAGUCCACAAAAUGAUUGUAAAUACAAAACAUUUUUGUUAGUUUGAAAGGUGAGUAAUAGGUGCACAAGUAACAUCAGGUCUAUUGGUACACAAUGUCUAUUGAUGGCUGACUAGCAACUUAAUGAAAUAAACUUUCCCUUUGUAUUAUCACAGGUCAUUGAAGCAGCUGUCCAUCCAAACAUGAAAUUUGCUAGUUGGAAUCGAAGCAAAUUUUUUUUUUACUAAUUAUUUUUAGCUUGGGUAGGACUGUAGUUCACUGUUGGUGCCCAUUUAAAAGUUGAAUCCAUAACAUGACUUUGGUUGCACUCAUGUAGCCUGUUCAUUGGAUCCUUUAACUUUGUGUCUUAUAUUAUAACUAUUGACAAAGACAAGAUAAGCGCAUAAAGUAAUUUUAUAAUCAAUUAGUUUAACCCCAGAUUUUAUUGUACACAAUAUUUCUUGUAUUGAUGUUCUACUGUUAAAAGAAAACCAGCUUUGUCGCCAAUAAAACACAUUUGUAUAAAAUGUUUCAAAAAAUUUUUUUUACUACAAGUUAAUAAUAAUUCUUACACACAUAGUCCUAGAUCUGAACAUUGCAACCAUGUUAGAUAAUUGUGACAAAUUAGAAAAAAAUGUAACUUCAUAUCUUACCAACAGUUCAUUUAGAUGAGAACAACAUUCUUUUAAAUAAAUGUAUUUUCAGAUUGAUUUUUGUGUUCCUGGAAACCUAUACCUAGAAACAUCAUACAUGGCCAGUGAAUAAAAUAUGUUUUUUUUUUUGGAUUGAGGGGGAGGAAGAUAAUACAGAUAUUAAUUAAUUUUGAAUUUUAGGCCUAAUUUUAACUAAUAUCUAAAAAUUAUUUGCUUCAAGUGUGAUGCUGCAGUAUCAAUGAACUCAAAAGCCAUUGGUAAUGGUUCAGUACAACUUUCAACACAGAAAUGUUUUUGAAGACAGAAUGUAUUGAAUGUUUUAUUUAUUUAUGUGCAUACUCUUUUUUUUUUUUUGUUGUUCAUGAAUAAUGACACCAAAAUAUGAACUAUUGACAAAAUACCAACAUGGUAUACAACACAUUUAUGGCAUAAAUCUAAACAUAUGUCACUAAGACUUUACUUUUUUUUUAAAUAACAUAAUUUAUAAUUACAAUUUGUGAGACACUUUAAAAUAAAAAAAACAACAAUGUCAAUGACUAACCUCACAAUAGUAUUAAAAGUCAACAAUAAAUUUGGAUACUUGUAAUCAUUGCAAUACAGUCAUCAUAAGAUUUUAUUCUUUUCUAAAGAGAUAUGAAUGAUGAUGCAAAAUGUUGAGUAAAAACUAUUUACAAUACAAACACUAAGUAAUCAUGUGACUGGAAAUAAAUAACAUCAUGUUUCCUAUUAUUUUCACAUUUUGUCCGUUCAGGCUGAUCAAUAUAUCGACUUUAUGUUGUACGAAUUGAUCUAGAUAGUUAUUGAUAAUGGUCACUCAACCUGAAUAGGCUACUGAGAAAAUUUCUUUUUGUUUGACUUUAUUUGGUCAUUAUGCUCAAAUGGUUAAAAAUAACUAAUAAAAAAAAAUAAAGAAAAAAAAAAAAAAAAAACAACAUUAACUCUAUAACUAUAGUUGUUAUAUUACUAAUUGUAAAAUUUCUUUUAAAAUUUGCAUGAAUGGAGAAUGUAAAUUGAAAUACAAUUUUUAAAAAAAAUGGGAAGAUUUAAUUUUUAUAAUUUAGCUUGAUAAGGCUCUCAUAGAAAUCCAGAUUUAGAUCACAGACCUAUAUAUAAUCUAGGUAUACAUCUUUAUUAAAUUUACCUCCCUGCUAUCAAAUCUUCAUGGUCUUUCGUUUGUAGCACAUAGAAAUUAAGCUUACUUAGAUGGUAACAGGGAUCUCUUAAUACAGUGUCAAAGACAUGUUGUUUUUUUUAAUCGCGACAUUUAAUCAUAAAAAUCCCCAAUUUGGCUUUUGUUUUCUUUGUUUUUUCUAGCCAAAGAUUUUCCCUCGAAAACAUCUACGUGAAACAGGUGUAGCAGAAACUUCGAAAUUAACAUCUUAAUCAAUCAAGAGA